GUUAACAGUGAUAGCUACUCCCCUUAGCUUGUUCGCUACUUGCGCUGAACCAAAGUAUUGAAGAAGAAUGAUUCCUUCUAACCUUCCUUUUUAGUGCUGUUUAUCUUUAUGUGAUUAAAAUGCAUCGGGGAAAACGGGGUUUCUGAUAUUGAUUAUUUUUUAUGUGUUUUUAACUGAGAAUGUCGGGCGGUGCUACUCGUUCGUACGUUUACAAAUUGAAUAAAUAAAAUUAAUGUAAGAUAUAGGUAUCAAAAAUCUAAGAAAAAAUGGUGGUAAUCAUAUGGCGAUGGAGAGGAGUUUUCCGAAGAAUUAAAGACUACAUUGCAUGGAAGUUUUCACAAGCUGUACUUAUUAUGCAAUCCCUAACAUAUAAUGCACAUAUGAGUCAAAGUUAUGCAAUUGAUUUCCUAAUGGAGCCAAUAUUUUGGUUUGUGGACAACUUCGCUCAGUACCUUGGAAAGGUGUUCGUCUUCUGUGUGACCAUCCUAACUGCCCUGGUAGUAGCGAUUGCUUACUGGGUGGGGCUUCCGUACUGGUGGGAGCGAUGUCCUUACACCAUGGUGUUUCUAGUCGUGUUUGGGAACUGGCUGCUUCUCAACAUCGUGUUUCAUUACUACAUGGCGGUUGUGACAGUUCCUGGAUAUCCACCACAUGGUACACUAGUGUCUGAAGCUGCAAGCAUUUGUAAAAAGUGCAUUCAACCAAAGCCACCACGCACUCAUCACUGCUCCGUGUGUGAUCGCUGUGUCCUGGCCAUGGAUCACCAUUGCCCCUGGCUCAACAACUGUGUUGGUUACCAAAACGCCCGACAUUUCUUCCUCUACAUGGUAUACAUGGUGGCUGGAGUCUCCUUUCUCAUCUUCGCCGGCGUUGAUAUUGGAUACCAGGUGCUUUGGCUUAAUGAUACAGGCGGCAUAAUUCCAAAUAAUGAUCCGGAUUUGAUCGGCCAUCCAGUGCGCAUUAACCAGUCAGGAGUAAUGGUGCCGGUGAAAGAUAUCGCCGAAUACGACUCUUACAAUUUACCCAAGGAACAUGAUCUACCAAUUCCUCCAAUCACUGAGACACAGCGAAUCACUGCCCACCCUUAUAAGCGCAAAAGCGUCGUCUUCAUGGCGGUGACUUGUUUGGCGGUACUCAUGGCCCUCGGGACGCUGGUGUACAUGCACGGCAAGAACAUAAGCAGAGGUGAGACGAGCGUCGAAGCCCACAUCAACGCCAAGCUAAUGAAAGAGCAACCAGGCUCAUUUAGGAAUCCCUAUGAUUUUGGUAGGACAAAGAAUUGGAAAUUGUUUCUAGGAUUGACACAGGGUAGGACAUUUGUCAGGCACGUAUUGUUACCGUCUCGACACUCCCCUAGUGGCAAUGGUUUGAGUUGGCACACUGUCCAAAAUGUGCACGAAGACUGGCCUUAAUUUUUUUAAGACUGCAAAGUUAAUUCUCUAGUAUUAUUUUUCGUUGAUGGCUGUUGGAAGUAAGUACUUACAUACAUACAUACAUAAACUCACGCCCGUAAUCCCUAAUGGGGUGGGCAGAGCCACAAGUAAUCAAAGACAACUUGCAGCCACUGUUGAUACGAUGUCGUAACCUGGAUAUGAUGAAGUAAGUACUUCCGAAUAGGGAAUAAAAAUAAGUUAUUACCUACAAUUGUAAGCAUAAAUUAAUUUGAUAGGUAAUCAUUAUGUAGUCAUCCAGUUACUGUUAAAAUGUAACUAAGUUAUAAGGUCGGCGUAUAACUUAGAUAGGUACCUACCUCCGUAAGAAUCUAUGAUACUUCUUAUACUGCUGAUUAUUUAUGUGAUAUGAGUACAUUUUAAGUAGGUACUCAUAAUUAUUUAUAAUAUUGCUUUUGUAAAAAGUAUUUUAUUAAUUUUACAAGAGUAGAAUAGGAUAUUAAAUUAUUUAUUAUAUUGUAAAUAGCGUCUUCUGAUUCGUAGCCAAAUAUAUGCUUUUAUUUUUAUGAUUAUUAAUAUUGUAAGUAUUUUGUAUGGAAUUAAAUAAGAUUACUAAUUUCGCA